AUGUCUGACCUCAUCGAUCAAGGUUGUUCUAAAGCGGAAAGUAAUAGCGGCAACAACAACGACCACCGACGAACCGAUGACGAUAAUGACAUUAGCAACAAUAACAAUAACAACAGAUACAACAGAGACAUCAACGACCGAAGGAAAGGGGAAAGAAAAGUAGAAUCUGUAUCAUCACGCAUGCAAGAAAAACUAGGUUUGUUUGAUAGCGCUGAGUUAUGUGAUGUAAUUGGUCUUUAUGUACCUGAUAUACUGCAAACUAAAUUCACUCCUAUAAAUACAAGGCAGUUAUAUAAACGUAGUUAUAUCCUAGCACGUGAACAGUCAUUCACAAGAGGGACUUAG